GGAAGAAGGAGGUCAGACUCUCUCUCGGACCCACACACACGCGUGUUGGCUGACAGACUCUCCCUGCAGACUGAACCAUGGACUGGGAAUCUGGCAGUACGAUGGAGGUGACGGCACUUGGCCGGCCUUUCGGCCUCGGGAUGCUGUACGACUGUCGCAAAGACUCACUGAUCCCAGGAAUGACCCUGUGGGAUUGGGAUGACCUGAUGAAGGAUAUUGGAGAAAGACCACAAACAUAUAAUGAUUUUGAAAUAGUUGCAUCUGAAUCAAUCGAUGACAAAUCUUCAGCUCUAAGUGUUAAUGCUUCACUGAAGGCAAGUUUCUUGGGUGGACUCAUUGAGGUUGACGGAUCGGCCAAAUAUCUGCGUGAUAGUAAGUCUUCCAGAAAUCAGGCCAGAGUAACACUGAAGUACAAGGCGACCACAAAGAUCCAGGAGCUGUCCAUGAAUCAGCUUGGAAGAGGAAAUGUGAAGCAUCCAUAUGUUUUUGAUCAAGGUUUAGCAACACAUGUAGUCACAGCUAUUCUUUAUGGAGCACAAGCUUUCUUUGUGUUUGACCGUGAGGUUUCUGAAAAGGAGGAUCAUCAGGACAUUCAGGGCAACUUGAAGGUGAUGAUCAAGAAAAUUCCCUUACUUUCUAUAGAAGGUGAAGGUUCCCUGAAAAUGGCAGAUAAGGACAAAGCAAAUGUUGAUAAAUUCUCCUGCAGAUUUUAUGGAGACUUUUGCCUUCCAAAACCUCCAACAACCUUUCAAGAUGCUGUACAAGUCUACAAAAACCUGCCAGAAUUACUGGGACCCAAUGGAGAGAAGGCUGUACCAGUGAAGGUCUGGCUGCUGCCACUGAUAUGUUUAGAUUCUUCUGCUGCUAAACUCGUCCGUGAGAUCAGUAUCAGAUUAGUCCAAGAAGCUCAGAGAGUUCUGGAGGACUUCGGUGAGCUGGAAAUGAGGUGGAACGAUGCACUGAGAACCAUCACUGCACAGCAGUUCCCACAGAUCAGCAAAAAACUGGAAAGUUUUAAAGAAAUAUGCUCUGAGUUUAAGCUGGAAUUCCAACAAACUUUGGCAAAGAAACUUCCAUCAAUCCGAGGAGGAGGAGAAGAGGAGGCUGAGCUUGCAGAGGUCCUGAAGAAGAGACAUUCUUCACCUUUCAGCAGCAAACUCCUCAAUGACUGGAUGGAUUGUAAAGAGAGAGAACUCUACACCUUAAUGUCUUUAAGCAGCAUGAUGAAAAACACCAAAAUCAUCUCAUCUCAGACUGAUCUGUACAAGGAAAGUCUCGGAGCUGAGCAGGUUGUGUGUUUAGUUUUCACCUCUCUGGGAAAGGAUGAACCAUACCUCUCAGCUUUAUCAAACUACUUAAAAGGAAAAACCAACACAGACCUUCAAGAUCUUCACACUCAUGAUGUAGAGAAGGAACAGUGGUACGCCUCCAAAGAAGUAACAGGUGAAAUGAGGAAGAAAGCCAAACUCUUCAGUGAUUUUUCAGAGGCCAACAAGGAGAACAAGAACAUUAAGUUCCUGACAGUCGGAUUAACUAAUGAGACACAGGAAGGUUCCAGCAUCUACCUUUAUAAAGACGGAUUUGCUGUCAGUGAGAACUUUGAACCUCCUUCAAAGCCUGAAACUGUAACAGCAGCUGACAGAAACCACAACAGUGUGACUCUGAAGAUUUCUCCACCCACAUUUGGAGCAGAGAACAUCACCUCCUACUCUGUUGAGUACUGUGUCAGUGGGGAGGAUGGAUGGCAGCAACAGACAGGAGCAAAGGCUGAAGAAGUCACAGUGAGAAAUCUGAAACCAGACACAGAGUAUGUGUUCAGAUGCAGAGCAGUGACCUCAGAAGGUAUUGGACCAGCUAAUGAAGUCUCCAUUAAAACCUUACCUUGCAGCCCUCCUAGAAAACCACAAGUUCAACCAAAUUCCCGUGAGAUAUCAGUGAGCUGGGAGAAACCUGCUGAGCUCGGACAGGAGGUCCAGAUAUUGAGCUACAUUGUGGAGCAUACAGAAACAGACAGCAAGGUAAAGGAGGAAGCUCUGCAGUGGAAACAAACCGAGUCAGCAGGUGAAAAGGUGAUCCUUUCAGGCCUUCAGUCAGAGACAGAAUAUGCAGUCAGGGUCAGAUGUGAUUGUGGUGCAGCUGGAAGAAGCAAAGAAAGCAUCACUGCUAAAGUCUGCACAGCAGCGUUUACACACCUCGCUGAACUUCUCAGAGGUAAAAGUGAAAAGAUCAGCUCUGAUUGGCACUCAGUUUACAAACUGCCUCUGACAGAAGAAAUGAUGAACAUAGAUGGAUGCACGAGGUUUCACUUUGGCAAAGAAAGCACGAGGCAGAAUCGUACAAUAAUGCUUGUUGGAGCGACUGGAUCAGGAAAGUCCACUCUGAUCAAUGCAAUGAUCAACUACAUUGUUGGUGUAGAGUGGGAGGACAGUUUCAGGUUUAAGUUAGUUGAUGAGGAUCAGCUGAGAUCAGAAAUCUCUGUUUACGACAUCAACCACCAGGAUGGAUUUAAGAUCCCGUUCUCUCUGACCAUCAUUGACACUCCAGGAUUUGGAGAUACAGGAGGCAUAGAAAGAGACAAACUGAUCUCAGAGCAGCUCUGUAACCUCUUCUCUGCUCAGCACGGUGUCAGUAAGGUUGAUGCUGUGUGUUUUGUAGCUCAGGCUUCUUUAGCACGACUCACAGCAACACAGAAAUAUGUGUUUGAUUCAGUGCUCUCGAUCUUUGGCAAAGAUGUGGCAGAAAACAUCAGGAUUCUGGUGACAUUUGCAGAUGGUCAGAGACCUCCAGUUCUAGAGGCGAUCAAUGCUUCAGGAGUCCCAUGUCCUAAAACCAACAAAGGGCAGCCAGCUCACUUCAAAUUCAAUAAUUCAGCUCUGUUUGCAAACAACAAAUCACCUGAAGCUGAUAGUGUGAGUGAUGAUGAUGAAGAAGGCUUUGAUCAGAUGUUUUGGGAGAUGGGGACAAAAAGCAUGAAGAGAUUUUUUGUUGCUCUGAAUAUCAUAAAUACAAAAAGUUUGACAAUGACAAAGGAGGUCCUCAGAGAAAGAAAGCAGCUCGAGAAUUCAGUGGAGAAUCUGCAGGUACAGGUAAAACUUGGAUUAGCCAAGAUGGAGGAGUUAAAAGAGAUGAGUGAAAAACUUAAAGAAAAUGAAGCAGAGAUCAGCAGAAACAAGGACUUUGAGUUUGAAAUUACUGUCAAAAAACCUGUUCGGGAGGAUAUUUCUGGCACUGGAAACUACAUCAUGAACUGUCAGCAGUGUCAUGUCACCUGUCACUUCCCCUGUCCCAUACCAAAUGAUGCAGAUAAAAGACGCUGUGCAGCAAUAGGACCAGAUGGAUACUGUACAAAGUGCCCAGGUAAAUGUAUCUGGACUGUACAUUUUAAUCAGAAGUACAAAUGGAGAUAUGUAGACGUCAAAGAAAAAAAAAACAAUAAAAGAGCUGAAAGAAAAGUAUCAGAGAGCCUUGGGGGAGAAGAAGACUGUUCAGAUAAUGGUUGAUAAACUGAAGGGUGAUUAUAAAUAUUUGCAGGAUGAGGUGGAUAAACUGAUGCAGAGAUCUGCAGAGUGUCUGAACAGACUCAAUCAGAUCGCACUGAAGUCCAACCCUCUGUCCACUCCAGAGUACAUCGACAUGCUCAUUGAAGGAGAGAAACAUGAGGCCAAACCAGGCUGGAAGGGACGAGUUCAGGCUCUGAUGGAGAUGAAGGAAAAAGCAGAGAUCAUGGCUAAAGUAGAGAAAGGAGAGAAACUCCUCCAUCAUCCUGGAGUCAUGUGAUCACAAACAGGAACUCAAAGUCGAGACCAGUUUGAACCAAAAGACCUGAACAAGAUCCACCAGGAAGAAACAAAGAAACAGGUUCAGGAAACUCAGCUUCUCUGUUUGCUGAUAACGUUUUUAUUAUUUCAUGUGUUUCAACUUUUGUAUUUUAUGUUUGCUAUAAUAGUUUAUUAAGACAGAUUAAUUUAAUGACCCCUCAAAUUAAUGUUAAUGGACUCAUAUUUUAAUGUCUGAAGUUCUAAUAGAAUAAAUGUACCUUCAGUGUUUCCGUCACACCUGGAACAGCAGCAGACCUCUGUUUGUUUCUGAGGUCACGCUUUAAUGAGGCAUCGAGAGUUGCUGAGUCAUCAGACCUGAAAAUCAUUAAAAUGUUUCAUGGUCACAUCUUCUCAGUAUGUGGGUAUCAUUAGAGAUGAGAACUGAUCAUUGAAACCUCUCAGCAGAAAGCUGGAAACUUAAACUGAGCUUCUUUAUUAGGAAUAAAUCCUGUUUGUGAGGAAAUACUUGAUUUCCACCUUUUUACCUUUACUGGAUUAUGAGUAGGCUUUUUAUGAAUGUUUCUGGUUACUGAGUAAAUAAAUAGGAUUUAUGUUUGUGCUUUAUGUUUUAUUCCUGGCUGUGGAAAUCAUGAUCAUCUCUGUAAGCUGAUAAAUGUUUGUCACUCUCAUGAUCUUAUGCAAAUGUUUGUCCUCAGAGUGGAACCAGGGAAAAAGGCUGAAACGGUCGGGAUGUAGAUUUAUUAUUAUUAUUAUUAUUAUUAUUAUUAUUAUUAUUAUUAUUAUUAUUAUUAUUGUCACUCUGACUGCUUUAAUGUCACUCCUAAUAUGAUCUCUUAUUAAAUAUGAUUUGCAUACAUGUGUUAGAUUGUUGUGUGUUGCUGCCCUCUUUUAAUCUCAGUGAGACAUUUACCUGCAUAAAUAAAGGAUAAGUAAAUAUGCUUCAUAUUAUUAAAAAGGUUUAAUUUUACUUUUGAUCUUUCUUGUAUUUUCUUCUUCCUACAGUUUAU